AUGUCUUCUGCUGCCAAGUUGACAUUGGCAGCCACGACAGUAGGCACCAUAGGCAUCGUGCUUCUCGUGCAUCGCCAGCAAAAGCUGGAUCAAGCAGCCAUGCACGCAGGUGUGAUCCGCGAUAUGGAGCAACAACGCAUCAAACAGGAGCGACGAGCGGACUUUGAGAUGCAGAGGCAAUUGGAAGAGCAAUACUUGAAGUUGCAGAAAGUCAGCGACAGCACAGAUGGACAAGUCAAAGCCAAAUGA